AGGAAGUUACCGGAUGUAGCAGUGCUAGCUUGACUGGCUAAGUCCUGGAACAAAAACGUUUUAAAGUUUGUGUUUUUGCUGUCUCAGGCUCUCAAAUCGAAAGCCUUCAUGGCGGUAUUACUCCUACCUCUCUGGUUUGAACCGCUGGGAUUAUUUCUAGCUGAACUUGACUCAUAAUGUAAUUAACCUGCGGUGGCAAAGUGAAAGGACUUAGCAGCCGAGGAGCUAAAGCAGCUAACGGCAGAGACUUGACGUUUCCUGCGUUGAAGCUUUUGAGCUUCCGAUGUGUAAGAUUUUAAACUGGUCGAGUGUUACAAGACUAAUUCACUUAAGUCUGAGACUGCUUUGAAGACGACGUUGUCUGGAUACCUCCUUUAAAGGCUUGAAGUUAGGGACAGCUAUAAAGUGGACACAGAACUUCUGACCAAGUUUUAGGCAGCAGACAAACAAGAUAUGGGUUAUACGGCUGAAACCCUGACCUACUUAAACAUGUGAAGGUUGCAGACCAGGAUUGUGAAAAGGAGAAUCCCAGGUGGAUCUAGGAUGUCUGAGAUGAUGAAGGUUGAAGGAGAGGAGCCUGGAGGACUAUGUCUGGUUUCCUCCAUACCUGCAGCAUCCUCAUCAGAACUGGAGCAGAAACAAGACGACAAAGAUCUCAACUAUGAGACGUUGGUGAUAAAAGAAGAGGUCCCACAUGACUGGAGCUCUAGUUUGGAACAGCAGGAGCCAGAGCCACCCCACAUAAAGAAGGAGGAGGAGGAACUGUGGAUCAGUCAGGAAGAAGAGCAGCUUACUUUGAAGAGUGAAGAUGAAGAGAAACCUCAGUUAUCAGAGCUUCAUCAGAUCAAAACUGAAGAUGGCAGAGAGACUGAAGCUUCAACAAGCAGCAUAGCUGUACAGAUAGAAAAAGACCCUCAAGGAGAGGACUGUAAAGGACCAGAAUCAGACAUGAACUCAGAUUCAUUGUGUCCUUCCAAACAAAGUAAGAUGACUGUUCACAAAAAAGGUAAAAGAUCUAAACUGUGUUCCAAACUUACUGCUCAGAUUAGAGUUUAUGCAGGAGAAAGGCCAUUUGGUUGCAGUGUUUGUGGCAAAAGAUUCAAAACUAAGACUCAUGUUAAAUUACACAUGAUGAUUCACACUGGAAGGAGAGACCAUAGCUGUGAUCUUUGUGGUAAAGGAUUUAAAGAAAAGCAUUGCCUUCAGACACAUAUGAGACUCCACACUGGAGAGAGACCAUUUGCAUGUGAUGAUUGUGGUAGAAGGUUCCAUGCAAAGACAAAUCUUAAAACUCAUUUAAAAGUCCAUUCAGAAGAAAAACCUUUCUCCUGUGAUGUUUGUAGUACAAGAUUUAAACGAAAGGAGACGCUCAAGAAGCACACAAUGAUCCACACCGCAGAGAAAACAUUUGUUUGUGGUGUUUGUGGGAAAGGAUUUUCACUACAGAAGAGUCUAAAGACCCACAUGUGUCUUCACACAGGAGAGAAACCAUUCGUUUGUAGCGUUUGCAGUAAAGGAUUUGCAUUGCAAGAAAAUCUAAAGAGACACAUGUGUUCUCACACUGGAGAGAAACCAUUUAUUUGUGGUGUUUGCAGUAAAGGGUUUUCAUUACGACAAAAUCUAAAGAGUCACAUGCAUGUUCACACAGGAGAGAAACCAUUCAUUUGUAGUUUUUGUAGUAAAGGAUUUUAUAGACAUGGAGAUCUGAGGAGACACAUGAGUGUUCAUACAGGAGAGAAAGCGUUUAUAUGUAGUGUUUGCAGUAAAGGAUUUUCACAGCAAAUUCAUCUGAAGAAUCAUAUGCGUGUUCACACAGGAGAGACACCAUUUGUUUGUAGUGUUUGCAGUAAGGGAUUUUCACUACAAGAAAAUCUAAAGAGACACAUGCAUGUUCACACAGGCGAGAGACAGUUUGUUUGUGAUAUCUGUAGUAAAGGGUUCUCACAACAGGGGACCUUAAAGAGACACAUGAGUGUCCACACUGGGGAAAAACAGUUUAUUUGUAGUGUUUGUGGCAAAGGUUUUUCAAAGCAAAAUUAUCUUAAAAGCCACAUGGAGGUUCACACAGCACCAUUUAGCUGCCCCGAUUGUAGCAAACGUUUUGUUAAUGAAAUCCAGUUAGAGCGACAUGCAAGAGUUCACACAGAGGAGAGGCCGUUCGGCUGUGACGUCUGUAAAAGCAGAUUUAACCAAAAGUGUCAACUUCAAAAUCACAUGAGAGUUCAUUCAGGAGAGAAACCGUUUGUGUGUAGUGUUUGUGGUAAAGGAUUUUCACAACACGGGAAUCUGAAGAGACACAUGGGUGUUCAUGAGGGCUGCAAGUAAUGAUUAUUUGGAUUUUUUUUUAAUUAGUAAGUUAUAUAAUUUAAUAUGUAGCGUAACUGCUUUGUGUGCACACCUGUUACCAGAACAUUAUGCCUCUACAUCAACCAAUAAAUUCCCACAGUAAAUGUAAAGUUUUUUUUUAAACGGAUUUCUUCUACUUGGAUCAGCUGUAGUUACAAAAUCCAGAUUAAUAAAAACAGUCAUAAUGGGGGAGAAUUAGUUUUUAGAUGCACUGGGAUGUUGAUUAUCUUGAUGUUACACGUUAAACAAAUUUUGUGGAACCUAAAACUGUGAAUCUCUGAAUUUUGCAGCACCAGGACAUUUUAUAUCGAAACCAUAACAGGGUGAUGAGGCGAUUAAACAA